ACAUCUUGAAGAUAAUUCUUUCCUUAAGCAUCAAUUAUCUACACUUACUGAAGUCAUUCGAGCCAUUCCACAGGGUGAAGAAAGCAUGUCUCAAGAACUGCUGUUCACAGGUACAAAUUGCAUCAUGGAUCAGAUCUUUGACAUGUAUGACAAGAACGCUGACGGUACAAUUGAUGCAUCUGAGCUGGAGGCAGCCUUAAAAAUGGCCGGUAUAAGCGCUUCAGGGAGAUUUGUCCAGAUGGUGAAAGAGAGGUGCGAUGCCAAUUCUGAUGGGAAGCUGACAAAAGACGAGUUCGUGAAAACCCUUCAAAUCUUUCAAGAGAUUGCAGAGUUCAUCGCCUUCUUCACUAGCGCUGACACGGAUGGCAGUAAGACCAUGUCAUUUACGGAGAUGGAAACCAAGGCCAUCGCCUUUUACAUGACCAAUGAGGGUACCCGUGUCGAUCGGUACGUGUUUGAAGCUGGUACCAGAAAUGCACAACAGUUACGUUGCUCCUGGAACGGGGACCCAGACAAGGAGAUGAAGCUGGAAGAAUUCUUGGAUAUCAUGUAUGCCGAUAGGCUCUUAAAUCUUGAGACCCAGUGAGCUCCAUGGAGAGUCUUGUGGCCCUACACAUGUUGAGAAAACAAAAGCUAAGCAACAGAGGCAAGCAUAUUAUAUCAGAGUAACUACAUCAUCUCUAAA